AUGACAGUUGCUAUUGGAUUUCAUCCAAAACAUGCAAAGAACAGAGUACGUAGCAUUGAUGUGGACACGAUGCAGUUAUCGAGGCUUUUACAGAAUCCUCGUGUAAAAGCGCUCGGCGAGAUAGGUCUCGAUCAUUCCGAGCCAAUAAAAUACUGGUCGUACCAGGUGGAAUUACUGGAAAAAGUACUGCCAUUGCUUGAAGACCGUCACAUAUUGAUUAUUCAUUGCCGUGGGAUGAAAGGGAAUUGUGGUACAGAAGCCUUCCUAUUGCUUCUCCAUUUCUUACAACAGAAGGUACGACAAAAUCACCCCAUUCACCUACACUGCUUCACGGGAAACCAGUAUGUGAUACAGAGAUGGUUGGAGAUAUUCCCAAGAACUUAUUUUGGAUUUACCAACUUGGUCGAGUCGUUCAAUCCUGAACAGGUUGCAGCACUUCAAAGUAUCGACGAAAACCGCUUACUUCUGGAGUCAGACGCGCCAUAUUUUCCAAGUAUGGGUUCCGAGGCAUCAUCUCCAAGUCAGAUCUUCGCAGCAGCCAAGAGUGUAGCCACACACCGACAGAUGACUGUGGAGCGAGUGUUAGAGAUCACAGUUGCCAACGCGAUGUAUCUCUACAGAGGGCAGUCCCAGUAA